AAAACUGCUCCAGCUCCUUUGGAGUUGGAUGGGUUCCACUGGUGUACAGCAAUCUUUAGGUCAUACCACAUAUUCUCAAUUGGAUUGAGGUUUGGGCUUUAACUAGGCCAUUCCAAGACAUUUAAAUGUUUCCCCUUAAACCACUCGAGUGUUGCUUUAGCAGUUUUCUUCGAGUCAUUGUCCUGCUGGAAGGUGAACCUCCUUCCCAGUCUCCAAUCUCUGUAAGACAAAAGAGGAUUGCCUCAGGAAUGUCCCUGUAUUAAGCCAUUAUUCCAUCCGAUAGGGUUCUCGGGGUGAUGAGAGGUGUUGGGUUUGCGCCAGACAUAACGUUUUCCUUGAUUGUGUGAUGACUCUCCCGCUCUGUCUGCCGAAUUCUUUCUCUUUGCUCUUGUUUUCCUUAAUAGGAUUUGAUGGGCGGAACCAGGAGGGUCAUCAGCGAAAUGGGACACACUUGGGCUCGGGUGUGUCCCGGGAUAAAUACACCUCUUCCCCAUUUAUUGAGGAGACUCUCCAUGCAAACACACGACUUUGAGCCGGUUCAUGACAAGUGGGGGCUUGUCCGGGAUCAUAAGAUGCCCCCUAAAGCCAAGGCAGCAGGCAAGGGCAGAGGACCAGAAAAGAGAAAGCUUGCUGAGGAGUUCCCCCCUGGAGAAGUACUUACAGAUACUGGCAAGAAGUCCUGGAAACUGGGAGCCCCCAUUGGACAGGGCGGCUUCGGACUGCUCUAUCUGGCCGAUGAGAAUUCAUCUAAAACGGUUGGUGCUGGUGCCCCAUAUGUCAUCAAAGUGGAGCCCAGUGACAACGGACCACUGUUCUCAGAGCUCAAGUUCUACAUGCGAGCUGCCAAGCCGGAUCAAAUUCAGAGUUGGAUGAAGUCUCACAAGACAAAGUAUUUGGGAGUGCCAAAGUACUGGGGGUCUGGACUGCAUGAGAAAGGAGGGAACAGGUACAGGUUCAUGGUGAUGGACCGGUUUGGGACGGACCUGCAGAAGAAGUUUGAGGAGAGUGGGAGGAGGUUCCCCCGAAAACUGGUCCUGCAGCUCGGACUGAGACUCCUUGACAUUCUGGAGUACAUCCAUGAGCAUGAGUAUGUCCACGCUGACAUCAAAGCAUCCAACCUCCUCCUCAGCCAUAACAACCCCAAUCAGGUUUAUUUAGUAGAUUAUGGGCUGGCCUAUAGGUACUCUCCUGAAGGCAUACUGAAGGAGUACAAGGAGGACCCUAAGAGGUGCCACGACGGGACCAUCGAGUUCACCAGCAUCGACGCACACAAAGGAGUCUCACCUUGUAGAAGGAGUGAUCUGGAGAUCCUGGGCUACUGUAUGGUCCAGUGGCUCUGUAGUAAAUUGCCCUGGGAAGACAAGCUGAAAGACUCCCUCUACGUCAGAGACUCAAAACUACGAUGCAGAGAUAACAUCUCAGACUUCAUGUCUCAAUGUUUCUCCUCACAAGACAAGCCAGACGAACUUCAGAAGUUUAUGGAGGAGGUGAAGACUCUAAGCUACACAGACAAGCCGGCCUAUCAGAAGCUCCGGUCCAUUCUGGAGGCGGGGCUUAAGUCGAUCGGCGCCAAAGAUGACGACAAGCUGGAGUUCUCCUCAUCGGUCAACGGAGUCGGGCCAUUGUCCUCUGUCGAGACUCCCAAAAGAAAGAGAGCGGUAGAUUAUAAAGGGGAGGCUAAUGACGAGACCGACGGCACUCCCGCCAAGAAAAGAAAAGCUGAAAAGAAAGAGGUGAAUGGAGUGAAAAGGGUAGUCAUCCCCAAGAAGAAAGCGACCCUUAAAAAGACUGCUGCUAGCCCGAAGAAGAAGGCUGCUAGCCCCAAGAAGAUACUGGUGGAGAUGGCUACUCAGACCACUCCUGGCCUGAAGAGAGGUAGAGGUAGACCCAAGAAAAAGGCAGACCCAUUAGAAUCAGAAUGAGUUGAGUUGUACUUCUCAUUCUGUGUUCCAGCCACCCUUUAAUUUGAACUACUUUGCAGAUAUGAAACAAACAAUCAUAAUAUCAGACAAAAAAAUGUCAAAUUCCCAGUUUACGCUACAAAAUCAACUUUGUAACGGUUUUAAAAAUAGCUUCUAUUUGACUAAACAGUCCAUGAUGUAGACUAAGACAUUGUUGGCAGAAUAGAUGGAUGCAGUUCAAUGCAUGAUUCAUUUAAUUCACCAAUACAUUUCUUGGUAGUCCCAAAAAAUAUUAGGCUAUCAGGUUGUAAAUCACAGCUGGCCUGGUACAUUGUUUGAGCCAAAUGCAUUUAAACUCAGUUUUUCACAAUUCCUGACAUUUAAUCCUAGUAAAAAAUCCCUGUCUUUGGUCAGUUAGGAUCACCACUUUAUUUUAAGAAUGUGAAAUGUCAGAAUAAUAGCAGAGGACAUUUCUCUAAAAAGUACGAUCUUUGUCCCCAUGUGCAGCUGCAAACCGUAGUCUGGCAUUUUUAUGGCGGUUUUGGAGCAGCGGCUUCUUCCUUGCUGAGCGGCCUUUCAGGUUAUGUCGAUAUAGGACUUGUUUUUCAGUGGAUAUAGAUACUUUUGUACCCGUUUCCUCCAGCAGCCUAGCAUUAGUUGUUCUUGUUGAUUUGCAUAACUGAGGGAGAGAGAGCCCACCUCUCAAUGAUUGUAAAGUUCCCAAAUGUAAGAGGACUCUGUGGUGUUUACGUAUUUGCAGAAUUCCAUUCAGGUAUAUUUUUGUUGCAUUUAUCGAAUGUGCUCAAAUGAUCUAAAAGUUGCGCUGUUGUAGCUGCCUGUAAACACACAGUCCAGUUCAAAGUGAAUGCUGGCAGGCCUAUCUGGAAAAUGGUUUGUUUGUAUAAAGCCCUACUGUAGCUCCGAUUGCCUACAGCACACCAGUCUGUGUAGACUUGGACAAGACAGAUGUUUUUAUUAGGUUUUAUUUACUGCGGUGUCUAUUACUUGUCCAAACUCACUGCCAAUUUCCCACUCUAUAUUGCUGUAGAAAUUUUACAACCACCUUAGUAUAUGUAAAUCCCAAACAUUCUAAGAAUUUAUAUGAAAAAAAUGUUGACACAACAUUAUCUAAGUGCUUGUCAGAAUGUUUCUAAGUGUCAUUCUUCCUGGGGGUGUAUAUGAACAGAUUUUAAUACGAUUUCAUAUUUCUAAAAUGCUGUCAGUUCCACUUUAAGAGAGACUCCUUUUUUAAAAAGUUUCUACAGUAUCGUUUGUAUCUGUUCUGCAUUUUUUUUUUUUUUAAUUUACAUUUCAUUUUGUUAACACGCAUGGCCUUCUGUAAGUUGGAUAAUAAAAUAAUAAUGAUGUGA